AUGAAACCAUGGCCACGACUUCUUCAGUCUCAUUAAUUUCUUCCAAUUAUUCAAUUUCCUUAAUUAUUGCCCUUUUUCUCCUCCUCUCCCUCUCAUAUUGCUCCAAUCAUUACACUUUCAGGGAUUUGACGGCAUCUGAGGAAAAAGCGAGGCUUGGGUCAACGCCGCCGAGCUGCCACAACAAGUGCAAUCAGUGCCACCCAUGCGCGGCGGUGCAAGUGCCAGCACAGCCGAGUCGGAGCCGGGUCGACCCGGGUUCGGCCCAGGAAAAAUACCCGGACCCGUCAACGGGUAACAGGUACUCGAACUACAAGCCACUUGGAUGGAAGUGCACAUGCAAUGGCCACGAUUAUAACCCUUAGGUUAAUUAAAUACAAAUAUUGUUAAAAUCAUAUCUUAAUAUAUAAUUAGCAUUUGUAAUCGGGAAGUGGGAUUUUGUCGAUUGUUUUCCCUGUAUUUACAACCACAUAUCUACUUUAUGUGAUAUUUUGUUUUUCCUUUUUUCGUUAAUUGUUUUUUCCUGUUUUUCCUUUUUUCUUUAAUUGUUUUUUCCUCUCAAUUUCGUUUGGGGUCCCUUGAAUUCAGAGAAAGACAAUUAGACAUAUUAAAUAAGAUACAUUUAUUGGGGGUGUCUGGUCAGCAAAAUCUACGUACAGAAAAUUUAUUGCUGGAUAUUUUAGACUGACUUUGGUUGUUG